AUAUAAUAUACAUUUAUACUAUAAGUCUAUACUGACCCUUGCGAGAUUGGGCCGUUAUACUGCCCAACGCUAUUCGCAAUCAAACAAGAGAAGUCUACACUAUCAGAUAAAAACAUAUCGAGCGACUGGGAAAGCAAGGAAUGGCGCAAUUUACAAUACAGGUAAUUGAUCAUAAAAUAUUGCAUUAGUAUUUGUCUUGUUACACUCGAAUUUCUGCGUUUAUUCAACACGGAGUAUUAUAUAUACUAUGAGAAAUAGUGUUACAAACAAGUUACAUACUUGGUAAAACUUUGCUGCCUUUUGUUUCGGCUCAAAAUAUACUACGCGUGGCAAUGCUCGGUAUUGUUUAUAGUCAUGAAAUUGUAUUUACCCAGCCAAUGACGUCAAAUAAUGUAUUUUGUGGCAUAAAUUAGCACACGCGCUUAUUUUCAAAAUGGUGGACAACUGUCCAACUUUUUAUCAAAUUUUCUCAACAACUAAACGCGACAAACCGGCCAAAAUAUGAAAUUAAAUAUUCCGCAAGUAUACCUAAUAGAUAUAAGUAAUAAAAAAUUUGGGUGCCAAUGUCCUUUAAGGAAUUUGAUAUAUAUCCAAGAAUUGAGAUAAGGAUUGACAAUAAUAAUUCUCAAUAUUCAUCUCGCGAGUCAUGGUCAGCAGUGGCUACGCUACUAGCAGGCUAUUAGUGAUAGCCUACUAGUAGCAACAAGCGGCGAAGGGCGCGAGAGUCAAUGACCGUUUUUAAGUAUUAAAAGCUGCAUUUAAAGGGAAAAAGCUUAUCAAAAUGGCCUAAUUUUGGUUCUGGAUUACACACAAACAAAGACUCUUGGAAACUGCUGACACAUGCGGUAAAGUUUUUAAGUUUUCUCAACCUUGCUCGUAGUUUUGAACUUGAAAAUGACAGACGAUUUUUUAAAAUAUAUGCACAACGUUUGUUAAUGGCAAUUGCUAGAUAGUAUACUUCAAAAUAAGGUUUCCGUUUUUAUAUCAAUUUUUUAAAUAAGUAGGUUAGGGUUAGGGUUAGGUUAGGGUUAGGUUAGGGUUGUGGUUAGGGUUCGGGUUAGUAUUAGGGUUUAGUUUUGCGUUAGGAUGGUUUUUUCUACGUUAUAAAAACGGAAACCUUAUUUUGAAGUAUACUUUCUAGCAAUCACCGUUUGUUAAUAUUCCAAGUAGCCUGCAUGGCAGGCGGUACUUAGGAAAUGCCUCCCUAAUUUUCGCUGCCUGUAGAAAUACCGCCUGCCGCGCAGGCUAUAUUCCAAGCAGAAUCGUUGAAAUUCAACAAUACUUUGUAGCUAUUUACCCAACCUCGUACCCAGGGCUUCUGCGCCCCAAUAAGCGCAGAAGCCCUGGGUACGAGGUUGCUAUUUACCCCUAUUUUCUCAACCUCUUUAGCGGUGUGCUUGUUUUAAGUACGAUUUCAUGUAUUUAGCUGGCAUUUUAACGAGUUUUUUCCUUUAAAUGUUGAGAUUUCGGCCGAGUUUGUUUUUCGCCUUUUGGAGCCUUUUUAAGUCGAGUUUUUCGAUUAAAUUUUAAUCUAAACUAUUGUCUAUGUAUACUAGAUUAUGGAAAUUGUUUGCCUCUUUAUGUUCCAGAUAUUUUAAAGAUUUCAACGACAUUCGGAAAAUCGGAUUCUUUUGCAUGUGUGUGCAUUUUUAUUCGGCUUCUUAACGUAAACUUUAUUUACUAAUUUAGUAACAAUUCGGGAAGCCAUGCAUUUUGUGCGGUUCGAAAUUUUGGACUUUUUAAGCCUUGUUUCCUUCUUUUAAAUAAGUUUUAAUUGACCAAACUUUGCUUCUGUAACGGUCUCUUACUAUUAUACUGUUUUACGACAUGUUUUUUAACUUUUUUAAAACUCACAAGUUGUAUUUUUCAAGUCAUUCUUGGGAGUUCGCAACACUGACUAGUUGUCAACAAAGCCGAGGCGAAAUGUCGCCAAAGGAAGUCAUUUAAACGCUCAUUUCGUUAAAACAUUAUUUUACAUAAAAAUCAAGUGAAAAAUUCCGCUUUCUUUAUGUGGUUUAUACUAAAACAAUUAGACAACUCAGCCUCGUUGUCUUUGAACGAAUAUAGUCAACUCGGCUUCGCCUCGUUGACUAUUCGCUCAUAGACCACGGGCAAUAGGACAGGUGUAGUGUUGUUAAAUAGAAAGUUAGAAAUGGUAUUAUACUUACUCAUGCAUUAUAAUUAUGUUUAAAAGAUCAGAAUAUUCAUAACUUCUUAUUUUGUUUCAUAAAUAGUUCUUUAAUAUUCGAAACAAAUUCCAUAUCUGCUUCGUCUGCCAUCGCCAUGUUUACUCGUCCCAAUCUACAUGCUGCACGGCAUUGCCGCCCCUCCUGGCAAAAUAAUAAGCAAGCGAGAAAAAUUAAGGAGAAAUAAGAGGGUAGGAACAUCGUUGUCAUAAGCUGGAUGCAGUGACACUUCCAUAUAUGGCAUAAACGUAUCCAUAACUUCCAUAUAUGGCACAAACGUAUCCUCGACCACUGAUCCUCGACGCGUUUUAUAACGUUUUAUUUGACGUAGAGAUGACGUAAUCACAGAAUAGGAAGUUAUACCAGAAGCGUAACUCUAGUCGUUUCCCUUAUUGUUUGACGUCCACGAAAAUUUUAACUCGCUCACGUCAGACCACGCCAUCCUGGCUAGUACAGCCGGAAGUUUUUAUCAGGAUUUGGUAGGUACAAAGUGCCGGUUGUACUAGCCAGGAUGGCGUGAUUGAUGACGAAUCGCUUGUAAAAACGCGGACAAAUAUUUGCUCGAGUUACGCUUCUGGUAUAACUUCCUAUUCUGUGACGUAAUGCUGCUUCCCGCCUAUGACGAUUUGAAUUAGUCAUGUGAUACAAGAUUGCGAAAGCCGAUUCGCCCAGAACGAUGACACGCCCACGAAACGCCCACAAUGUUCCUACCCUCUUAUUUCUCCUUACUUUUUCUCGCUUGCUUAUUAUUUUGCCAGGAGGGGCGGCAAUGCCGUGCAGCAUGUAGAUUGGGACGAGUAAACAUGGCGAUGGCAGCAUCCUCGUCCCCAGGCCCAAGCUCGGGCGGCCCCCACUGUGAGGGCCGCCCGAGCUUGGGCCUGGGGACGAGGAUGCGAUGGCAGACGAAGCAGAUAUGGAAUUUGUUUCGAAUAUUAAAGAACUAUUUAUGAAACAAAAUAAGAAGUUAUGAAUAUUCUGAUCUUUUAAACAUAAUUAUAAUGCAUGAGUAAGUAUAAUACCAUUUCUAACUUUCUAUUUAACAACACUACACCUGUCCUAUUGCCCGUGCAUAGACAACUCGGCUUCGCUGUCUAAUUGUUAAAUAGCUAGCCUAUAUAAUAGUUACUCGAAGCAAGAUCGCAAAAAAGUAUAUCACUAUCAGUAUAAAUUAUAAGACAUUUAUGAUUUAAUUAAGCGAAUAGUGCGAAUUUUCAAGCCGGUUUUGGGUUAAUUAAACUUAUUAAAGGAUCUUAAAGUUGGCAAAAUAGUAACUAUUAGUUUACUAUACAGGGUGUCUCAAAAACAACGCUAUGCCUAUGGAAAUUCAACAUGCUGUUGUGCAUCACAAACUUAGCUAAACAAUUCAAUAUUUACAUAGCCAGGACGAAAGAGCUGUCAAAUUUAGCUUUUCAAUGAUACCUUUCUUAAACGGUAACUAGGGCCGUACGCAGGAUUUUUUCACCAGGGGGGCAGUAAGGCCUAUAUAUGCCGAAAAAAGUCCCAAAUAUCCAAAGAAUAAUUAAUAAUGACAUUCUAAAAAUCGUAAAUAUAGUUUUCGGGGGCAGUUGGUCCCCUUGCUAACUGUAUCUGGCUAACAGCCGUCAGCCGAGGUUCAGUGUAUAAUUGAAUUUGUUCAGUGUAAUUUGUGCACGAAAAUACUGGGAGGUAUGCGGACUUAUGUUGAGCUAAAUUAGCGAACAGAUAGGUACAAGAAGAGAUGAAGAUCCCAAACGAGCUUUAAGUUAUACGCUAGUUAAUUUAUUCUUAUUUUGUUCUUCUACAUGUUUUUGUAAAAUUUUCUGGCCUCACUUUAACGAAUUAUUUGCAUUCGCAUAGGGGUAUUUCAUGAGUUUACAGCCCACUAAUCGAUUGGUCAAUGUCCUAAUACAAGGAGUCAAUUCAGUCAAAGUGUAUACUAAUACCUCGUAGUUACUAAAACAUGGAACGACCCACAACGAUCCCAAAAUUACCUUCAGUUGCAAUUUUGCAUGACAAUAAAUAAUAUAAGUUAUUGUUUUUGGAUACACCACGCAGUUUAUUAUUGCAACUUUCGAUCCUAAUCCCGAUCUUCACGCGAACCGGUGGGAUUUAAAACGCGGAGAAUAAAUUAGCUACACAGAUAGAGGAAUAUCUCUGUUCAUGACAUUCGGGACAUACACCACUGUACUAAUAAAUAUAUUUACUUUCAGUAUAAUAUGAAAACAAUAUGAACACUUUUCAGUUUCAGCCAGCAAAAAUAAAUGUAAAAAUUAAAUGAGGCUCGUGCAGACGGCAGAACAACACGAAGACAGACGAUGUUCGUAAUGACUACAGAAUUUCUCACACAUAGUGCAAAAGAAAUCAAAGAUCUGUUUUUAACGACUAAAAUAUUUGGCCGAAAAAUAUUGAUAACUAUUUGGAGUUGUACACAUCAUACACACACACCUUUUUCGUCCGACAUGUUUAAUAAUCAACACAUGUGAUCAAAAUUGGCGGGAAAAUGCAAGACUUCAACUUGAGCAUGCAGAGAUUUUCCCUGUGGAUUUCCCUACCAUAGAUAUACGUUCCCUACGCCCUGAUUUUCUCUAUAACGGGAAUAGCUGUGGAAGUACUGAUGGUGGCCAAUGAUCGGGGCACAGAAUGUUGUUGGAUUGUUGUGAACUUGUGGAUCGUUGUGAGUCGUUGUGGCUGGUUUUGGGUCGUUGCGGGGUCUUUGUGGGAUCGUUGUGGGUCGUUCCAUGUUUUCGUAACUACGACUAAUAUACCUUUAGCUUUGUAUGAUUAUGUAGUGGUUUGUCAAGGCGAUAAAUUCAUAGUGUUCAAUAAUGUUCAACAUCUUCAAUUCUGCGAGCAGGCUACUCAAAGAUGUGCCUUUAAAGUGUUUUACCCGAAAUUUUCAGUAUAUAAACUUGUACUGUAUAACACUUUAUGUACAUAAAGUGUUAUACAGUACAAGUUUAGUUUACUAUUCAGUGUUUAUUUAUCGAUGUGAUGAACCGGUUUAAUAAAGAUUAAAGUUGCGAAUAUCGAGGUUUAUAUGGCUACCUACUUUAUGGCUACCUACUACAAAUAUCUGGCUACUUUGUAUUUGAAAGAGUUUGAUAAUUUAACUAUUAAUUGAUUUCUUUGUUCGAAGACAAAGUCGAGUAGUCAUUAUAAAUACAAUAUAAUUUGUCUUCAAAUCUCUCGACUCUAUGACUUUGCAAGGUGAAUUUCUUCGGUUCGGUGCAUGCUAUAAAGACUACCGUUCGAUUCAGUGAAACAAAAUAUCCUAAUUUCUCACGAUAGUUUUAGUCAAAUGUCCACAAUAUACCUUACAUGUAUUAAAAUUCGCGCAGUACUAGAAUUCGCGCAGCGCUGGGUGCGCAAUGAUAUCAUAUUUCAUAAUAUGACGAACAAUGUAAACUAGCCGUACAUUUCGCCGAACUUAACUUUGGCCCCUUUGUCUCCUUAUGAAAGUCCCAUAAUAGGUAACAGUAAUGAAUGCUCUACAACCCCCAAAAUUAAUUAAUAGCCUAAAUGAAUGCGAAGUGACUCAUCCCAAGCUUAGGCUUCAAGAUUUGACAUUUAAAUAUUGCUAGCUUAAUGAAACAUAAAGAUGAAUUGUCUAUAUUUAUAUAUCUUUGCAACCUUUUGACCUUCUUUGUAUUAAUCGGAAACAAGACUUGAUAGCUCUAUAUAUAAUUCUGAGGUUGAAAUAGCUGGUUAUAUGACUUGAUAAGAAAGGACAGAAAUCGGAAUGAAGGUGGAGUAGCUAUUUAUGCGAGGAGUGUUAUUCCAUACAUAAAUAGGACUGAAUUGUCUCCAGAUACUGCUGAGGCAAUUUGUCUCGAAAUAAGAAAGCCAAAAAGCAAACCAUUACUAGUUUCCACUUGGAACCGCCCUCCAGGAUCAAAACCGCAAUUUUUUAAUGCCCCCUUUAAUGAUUUCGAAACUUUCCUUAAAAAUAUUGACAAUGAAAAUAAAGAGGUAGUCAUAACAGGUGAUUUCAACUGCAAUAUGUUGAAUAACGAAAGUAAUAACAUUAAUACUAGGACACUUCUGAACCUAAUAGACAUUUAUCAAUUACGACAACAUAUUAACAUGCCAACCAGAACUACUAUUAGGACAAAAGCAUUGAUAGAUAGACAUAAUCACGAAAAUUGAUGAUACUAAAACUAUUCGAUCGGGUGUAAUGGAAUUGGGUAUAAGCGACCAUAUAACUUGGCAUAUAUUUGUAGAAAAAUAGGAAUUCCUAAACAGGAACCGAGGGUUGUAGAAACAAGGCAAUUUAAAGCCUUUAAUAUAUUAUAGGCGACUUCCAGCAUGACGUAAGAGAAGCGUUUAGAUACUUCACGUUACAUCCAGAUCCGAAUACUGCAUUGCAUGAGUGGAAGGAUAUAUUUUAUCAAAUUGCAGAUAUUCAUGCGCCAUAUAGAUCAAGGAAAAUAAGAAAUAAGAUUACCUUAAGAAACAAGCAAUGAAAUUAAAUUCUGAUAUAUAUCACGAGGCUUAUAAAAAAUGUAAAAACCAAGUUACCAAGUUAAUAAGGAAGGUGGUAUCGAUGGAUGUUAUGGUGAUAGUGGGGGACCUUACCAGUGUAAACGUAAUGAUACAUGGACACAACUAGGGAUCAUGAUUUGGGGUAUAGGUUGUGCUGAACCAAACCAUUAUGGCGUGUACACUGAUGUCAGAGUUCUUCAACCAUUCAUUGAGUCAAUACAAGCAGGUAAAGUGAACAUUUCGUAGGGGUUCAGUGCAUAUAGGAUGCAUUCUUAAAUAAACUGUUGAGAUUUCAUUCUAGGUUGGGAUUGUCGUCUAUACAAGAUGAUGAUGCACUUGUGCUAUAAUGCAGGAUAAUCAGGCAAGGCAGGAAUAGCCUGCAGUACAAUUAAGCAAGGACCAUGCACCUGCUACUCCCUACAAAAAGUUACCUUUGCGAAUGCAAAUUAUGAUCUGGUUGUUUGAAUGUAUUUAUUAAUAGGAUCGAUUCAACUCAAUAAUGACUUCGUAUCGUCCUUGAAAACAAUUUCUGUCACUUCAAAUUAGCUUUUCGGUAUUUGUUUCUAUUUUAGAUUAUAAUGUGGUUUGGAAAGACGAACUUACAACUUUUAUUAUCAUUCCCUUUUUAAUAUUUUCAUUGAAACGAAAUUAUAUAUAUUCUAUAUUUUAAUAAUAUACUAGUAAAUUUAUAGAGCUCAAGCACAUGAUAAAAUUUACAUGUGUUUGUAAAAACAUGGGCAAUACAAAUGGUGCUCUUUUUAAAAUAAAUGUCUAUCUGAGAGAAGGCACAAUUUGCCAAGAAUGAUUUGAGCAACAGACACUGUGAAAUCAGUUUGAAUAUAAAGAUACUUAAACAAUAAAGAAAAAAUGCCUUGCUCUUCGUUCGCGUAACCACAAAAUAAGAGUAUAGUGCAAAAAGUUACCAAGUUAAUAAGGAGUUCUAAAAAACAUUAUUAUCAAAUUUGGCUGGAGAAUAGCAAAAAUAGCAAAGACAAUUGGAAGUACAUAAAUGACUAUGAAUUACUUAAUAGGAAACCUAAAAGAACAGCUGUGAUUGUGAACCAACUUCAAGUUGAUGGACAGACUGUUACUGGUAAUGAAAACAUUGCCAAUGAGUUUAAUAAGUUCUUCUGUGAGAUAGGACCAAAAUUGGCUGAAAAAUUUCCAACACUGAAAUAAUGUUGACCACCUACAAUACAUUACUCCUUGUACUAGCCGAUUUGCGUUUAAACAAAUCUCUGUCGAGGAUUUAACUAAUGUUCUAAAUAGGAUGAAAACAAAGAAAGCAGAAGGGCGAGAUAAAAUCACAAAUAAAUUGCUGAAGGCUGCAGGAUACACUAUAUAUGAGUCAUUGCUCUAUAUAUUUAUAACUUGAUGUUGGUAACUGGUAUAUUCCCAGACGAUCUAAAACAAUCUAGAGUAACUCCGAUUUUCAAGGACGGAGAUAAAAGUGAAUGUGAAAACUAUAAACCAAUUUCUGUAAUAUCGGCAAUUUCAAAGGUCUUAGAAACGCUUAUUUCAGACCAAUUAGCUCUUCAUUUAAACGACAAUAACAUCAUUGUCAAACAACAAUCUGGCUUUCGAAAAUGCCAUUCCACAGAAACUGCUCUUUUGCAUAAAACAGAUCAGUAUCUAUUGAACAUGGACAAAAGCAUAUUAAAUGGUGUUUUGUUUCUUGAUCUUAAAAAGGCGUUCGAUACGGUUGAUCACCAAAUUUUAAUUUCAAAACUAAAGAUUUAUGGAAUUGGAGGAGUAGCCCUAAAUCUUUUUAAAUCAUACAUAAGCAAUAGAAUACAAAGGUGCAAGAUACAAGGAAUUGAUUCACAACCGAAUGUAAUAACAUGCGGAGUACCACAGGGUUCUAAUUUGGGUCCAUUAUUAUUUUCAGUUUCAUAUUAAUGAUCUUCCAAAUUGCCUGGAAGAAACCCAGGCCUCAAUGUUUGCAGACGAUACCAGUAUAUCAAGCUCUGGCACUUCGCUUUUAGAGAUUGAGAAUAAGAUAAACAAUGAUCUGCAUAAUGUUAAUAUCUGGCUAGAGACAAACAAGCUGACUCUUAACACAGAAAAAACAGAAUUUAUGUUAAUAGCGUCAAAGAGAAAACUGAAACAAUAUUCAGGAAAUCCCAAUAUAACUAUUGGUAGCCAUGACAUUAAACAGGUCAUAAACAAAAAAGUAUUAGGGAUUAUUCUGGAUGAAGAAUUAAAAUGAGAGUAUAUUUAUCAGUUAUAGACCUGAAACGAGGGGUAUUCCACAAAAAAUUACCCUGAGGGAUGAAAUAUUCCGAGGGCGAAGCCCGAGGAAUAUUUCAUCCCGCAGGGUAAUUUUUUGUGGAAUACCCCGAGUGAAAGGUCUAUAAAUGGUAUAUUAUACCGAACCUUUCAAAAAUAAGUAGAAAACAAAUACCAUUCAAUUAACUUUUAAUUUCAAAACACAACUUUUGAUAACUUUACAUUUAAAAAAGUCGAAUUUCCCGCUCAACCGUGGUAUUCGAAGUCGAAUACCAUGGCCCCGGGUAAAACACCCAGGGUUCAAGAUGUCUUAAUUAAAGUUGUUUUUUUUCUGUUACAGCACAUAUAUUGGUCAUGAAACUCCAAAUUGGAGCUUCGUUCAUUUUAUGGACUACGUGUCUAGUUAUUUGGCCUGGCAAAGCCGAAGGUAAUUCAAACGUUAUUCUAACACACAUUUUGCUGUUGGAACGAGGUUGAUAUUGUAUUGUUGGCCUGUUUACUAUCCAAAACUGAAUGUUUGUGUAAAAUAUUUGAAUCGUAGAGUUAGUAUUAUUAGCAGUUAUUAUAGAGAAAUAUUCCAGCGUUUCAUAUAAAUUUGUGCAAAAAUUAUUUUUAAUUAAUGAAAAAAUAUAGAUAUAAUUAUCGAUACACAAAUAUCUUGACGGCAAGUUUAUUUUCAUGCAUCUAUAUCAUUAUUUUUCCCCAUAAUCUAUAGAAUUAGGCCUAAGUAAUAACACAACUUCUUGUGCAAUUUAUUUAAAAAAAUACGUAUUCGUGAGUUUUUUAAGACCUCAUAUUGUACAAGUCUAUAAGUGUCAUAUUCUUUGAAAGAACUUAUUCAUGCAUUAUUAUUAUAUAUUAUUACCUAAUAUGCAUGUAUGCAUUGCAUUGCAAUCUAUCAGUCUAUAUACGCACGGAGGCUUUUGUAACUUGUUCAUUGUUGUAUUGAUUCUUGCAGCCGGAUACCGCUGCCCCUUUGGCAAACGCAAGAUACUGACAACUGAACACACGCGUGUUAAGAGAGUAAUUGGUGGAUCGCAAGCCAUCUCUAAUUCCUGGCCAUGGAUCGUGAACUUCAUAGAUCACAAAAAUCUCCAACAGUGUGCUGGUUCUAUCAUCGAUCGUGAAUGGAUUUUAACAGCAGCACAUUGUUUCUUGUUCAAUUCAAAACCUGCUCCACUUUUCAACAACUACACCAUUCAUCUUGCUGAUCAUAAUUUGAACUUCACAGAUCCUCAAGAAUAUGAAAUUGAGGCAUCGAAAGUUUAUAUUCAUCCAAAGUAUGUUAUAGGUGAUUGGAUAUCUCCAGGUGAUUAUGAUGUAGCUUUGAUGAAACUCUCGAAACCGCUUAACUACACUGAUUAUGUUCAACCUAUCUGUGUGGGAAUAAAGGAAGAUAUUUUCAGUGAAAAUGAUACUUGUGUUUUGAUUGGUUGGGGUAACAAUAAAAAUGUAUCAAGGUAUCAUCGUUCACCAUUUUUAAAAGAAGUCGAGCUUGAUUUGGUCAGUCUUGAGGAAUGCAACAGUAAUACUUCAUAUAAAGGCGAAGUAUCAGACAGAUUUCUCUGUGCUGGUCGUAAAGAAGGUGGUAUCGAUGGAUGUUAUGGUGAUAGUGGGGGACCUUACCAGUGUAAACGUAAUGAUACAUGGACACAACUAGGGAUCAUGAUUUGGGGUAUAGGUUGUGCUGAACCAAACCAUUAUGGCGUGUACACUGAUGUCAGAGUUCUUCAACCAUUCAUUGAGUCAAUACAAGCAGGUAAAGUGAACAUUUCGUAGGGGUUCAGUGCAUAUAGGAUGCAUUCUUAAAUAAACUGUUGAGAUUUCAUUCUAGGUUGGGAUUGUCGUCUAUACAAGAUGAUGAUGCACUUGUGCUAUAAUGCAGGAUAAUCAGGCAAGGCAGGAAUAGCCUGCAGUACAAUUAAGCAAGGACCAUGCACCUGCUACUCCCUACAAAAAGUUACCUUUGCGAAUGCAAAUUAUGAUCUGGUUGUUUGAAUGUAUUUAUUAAUAGGAUCGAUUCAACUCAAUAAUGACUUCGUAUCGUCCUUGAAAACAAUUUCUGUCACUUCAAAUUAGCUUUUCGGUAUUUGUUUCUAUUUUAGAUUAUAAUGUGGUUUGGAAAGACGAACUUACAACUUUUAUUAUCAUUCCCUUUUUAAUAUUUUCAUUGAAACGAAAUUAUAUAUAUUCUAUAUUUUAAUAAUAUACUAGUAAAUUUAUAGAGCUCAAGCACAUGAUAAAAUUUACAUGUGUCUGUAAAAACAUGGGCAAUACAAAUGGUGCUCUUUUUAAAAUAAAUGUCUAUCUGAGAGAAGGCACAAUUUGCCAAGAAUGAUUUGAGCAACAGACACUGUGAAAUCAGUUUGAAUAUAAAGAUACUUAAACAAUAAAGAAAAAAUGCCUUGCUCUUCGUUCGCGUAACCACAAAAUAAGAGUAUAGUGCAAAAAGGGCCUACGCGAAUAAGUGCAUGAAGUAUUGAUGUAUAUACACAAAAACCUGUAGAUUAUAUAUAACACUAUAUGACUUUUCCAUUAUAGGUCCUAACUCCAAUUUAUCGUCGUACUACAUGAAAACGUUGGGAGACGUACGACCAGAUUUGGGAAGAAGACCUUUAAGUAACCUUCACGAGUUGUUGACAAACGAAAGCGAGUUUUCUGAUAUCGACUUAGUCAGAAAUUUUCAGUUCCUUCCAUAUCAAAUCAAACUACUCAACAAAACGACGUUAAAGGAUCUUAUAUUUGUUAGUUCGAAGGAGAAUUUAACCGCGAAUACCACUACAUUAGCAUACAUCACUGAACAUCUAGUUCAGCAAGUUGAGAGGCUGUAUGUUUACUAUAAGAGUAAUGAAGCAAGGAAAGAGUUUAACAUUACAUUUGAAGAAAUCUACAAAUCAGUUAACUUAACCAAAGACGGAUUCCUAAAUUCCAAAUUUAGCGUGAUCGAAAAUAUUAGGAAACAAAUGUAUAUUAAAAGAUAUGUUAACAAUCUUCAAAUGUACAGAGAUACUUUAAUGACCUACAAACUGGGUUUAAGCGUUAUGUUCAACAUUUCUCAAAUUAAAAAAGAUCUGAAUAAACCUGCAGACGACUUGAAAAAGCUUGACAAUAAAUCACUGAAGCAGAUUCUUGUGAAGCACAAUCAACAGUUGUUUACAAAGAUGUUGAGUAUCCGUAAUAUGUCAUCUUUCUUUGAAAUAAGUUUGGAAAAGUUGAAAAAUAUGACUGUUGGCAACGUACUAACUGAAUAUCUCAAUAUUAAACUUACUACAUUUGCAUCAUUACACGAGCUAACAGGUAGAGAAAUUGAUGUUGUAAAAAUGAAGAAAAUCUCAACUGUUCCAUAUCCAGAUGAUCAAAAUCUUUAUGGUUUGGUGAUGAAAAUGCUUGAAGCCCAUGGUAAUUAUUAAGUCACUUUAUUUCAUUAGAAAUUUUAGUAAAAGUAUUCCGCUUGGUUCAGUUAAAAUAUUCUAUUUCCAUGGGUUGGUUGGAGAUUGAAAUUAAUUUAAACUUUUUCGAGCUCUGUCAAAUAAGACGAAAUGCAAUUUUUGUUCUGUAACUGAAAAAAUUUCAUGUAUAUUUAUUUGGCAAAAUUUUCGAUCUGUAAGCCUGGAUCUCCACCAGUAUAAGUUAAUAUUAUUAUCUUCCCUGUUAUCUUCCCAGUAUUUAACAAUUAUUCGCUGAAGGCGAGGUGAAUUGUUUUUAAUUAGUAUUUUUACACAAGCUUUUGUUUUUUGAGACUGAAUUUAUUUUAAUUUCGCUUAUUUCUUUGUCAGUAAACUUCCACAAAACGGGUAGCCGCAAUUUUGAAAAUUUUUGUUUUGUUAUAUUCACCUGUAGGUGAAUAUAACAGCUUAUUACGUCAAAUUUGACCAAUCAACGUGUAGGAUUUGUUAUGUUCACUUGUGCAAAAAUACUAAAUGCUUCCCUGUUAUUAUUACCUUUCCUUCCAACGUCAGCUUGAUUCUUUACUCACUCGCGAUGAUGUAUUUUGCUAUCCGCAGAGGGAAGGUUUAAACUAUCAUACGUUUUCACUUUAUAGUAUUUCUUACCCAAUUUCUACGAUUAAAAUUGUCUUCCGAUUUGAAGUGCCCCACGUGCUAGUGAUAUGUUACUGAUGCGUUACUUAUGCCAUAUGGGUUACUGCCGUAUUUGCUUGAUAGGUUCUUCUUUUGCUUGUGGUGUACGUAAUGAAAACUCCCGAUCACGAAGAAAGAGAGUGAUUGGUGGACGUGAAGCUUCAAAGAAUUCCUGGCCAUGGAUUGUAAAUUUCAUCGACUCAAACACUCGUGAACAAUAUUGCGCCGGAGCCAUCAUUGAACGUAAAUGGAUCUUAACUGCAAGCCAUUGUUUUGUUCUGUCUGAAGAGAGUAUACUACCAUUGUCCAACUACACCUACCAUGUUGGCGACCAUAAACUGAAUUUCACAGAUACUCACGAAUAUACGAUCAAAGCAUCAAAAAUGUUCAUUCAUCCUCAGUUUAUCGGAGGAACAGACAACGAGCCGGGAGAUUAUGAUAUAGCUUUGAUCGAGUUAGCAAGACCUUUGACAUAUAGUGAGAAUGUACGACCAGUAUGUCUUGUUGAAGAUAGAGAAAUAUUUGUGAAUGACACAUGCUAUGUUACUGGAUGGGGGAACAACAUAAACGCUGAAGACUAUCAUCGUUCUCCUGUCCUCAAAGAAGCUAAAGUGGAUUUGGUACCCCUUGAUGAAUGCAACAGUAACACUUCAUAUAAUGGGUUUAUCCCGGACAGAUUUAUUUGUGCCGGUUUUGAGGAAGGCGGUACUGAUGGUUGCCAUGGUGAUAGUGGUGGCCCACUGCAAUGUGAUCGCAAUGGAUCAUGGGUACAGAUAGGUAUCGUCAGCUGGGGUAUAGGUUGUGCUGAACCAAACCAUUAUGGUGUCUAUUCAGAUGUACAGUCCCUCCUACCUUUUAUCAAUGCAAUAAAAUCUGGUGAGUUAAGAUCACAUGACUAUAUUAUAAGCAUGAAAUAAAACACUAACACGGAUUUCAAGUCUUAUCUUCCACAGGUUGGAACCAACUGCGAGGACAUGAAUUUCAGUCCAUUCGUUGUGACUUUUCAAAAGGCGUAUCUAAAAAUUUCCAGUCGUAGGAUUUAUCACUGAAUAUCAUCAUGGGCCAGAAAUAAAGACCUAUGACUAGUCUUUGGCUAAUCCUUUCAUGAAUUAUAGUGACUAUACGAUUUUCCUUUCAAAAUCCGAGUUGAGGCAAAGAACCGGUAUUUUUGACACACGAGAACUUGAAAUCUCAAUAAUCUCUGUCGUCGUCGAGUAUUUGAACUGACAUAACUUCUCGAAAUCACUUCAAAGUAUUUUAUUCCCCACAUAGACUCAUUUCCAUAGUCCUAGUAACCUAGCCGUAUUUCAAAAUAGGCCAAUACAAAACAAUAGUAACUCGGAAAACGGUAAACAUUUUGAAAGGUGUUCUCUUUAAUUAAAAAACACUUUUCAAAAUGUUUACCGUUAAUUGCAAUUAGUUUUUCUAUUCCAUUAAAAGCAAAAAUUAAUAGCCUAAUUUACGUAUAUUGGAACUGAGUAUUCAUUUCUAUUCUCCAGGACCAAACAUGAACCUUACGACUUAUUACCUAAGCACUCUGAAAGAAGUAAUACCUAGGAUGGCAGAAAGACCAUCAAAGAAUCUCCAUGCAUUAUUGACCAACAACCAACUGUUCUCAGCUUUGGACUUAGUACGGAAUCUACAAGUGUUUCCAUAUCAAGUCAAACUGCUCAACAAGACAACUUUAAUGCAUCUUACAUUUGUCAGUGACGAACACAAUCUGACUGGAAACAACACCAUGUUAAAGUACAUUGCCCAAAUAUUCUUACACCAAACAGAUAGACUAAGAAUGUAUGUGAAAAGCAUUGAGCUUGCGAAGGAACUUAAUAUCAGUUUUGACGAUAUUCUUCAGUUAUCAGGUUUAACAAAACAAGUCCUUCUUGAUUCUAAAGCCGAGGUGCUCGAGCGAGUAAAAAAGACAGUUCAAAUUAAUAAUCUUUUGGGCAAACUAACAGAGUACAAAACAAGUUUGAUGACUUACAAAAAUAAUCUUCAAAUAUCUUUGGAUGUCAUGAAAAUUAGACAACAUUUCAAUAGGCUUUCUUUGAAAAAGAUCAACAGUACGACAGACAAGGAACUAAAACAAAUACUUGUUGGAGAAAACAAGAUGAUAUUCACUAAGACAUUGUCCAUACGAAACAUUUCAACAUUCUUUGACGUUUCUCGUGCAAGUUUGAAAGAGAUGACAGUCGCUCACCUGCUGACUCAAGUGUUAAGUAUCAGCCUUGAAAAUUACACGACACUACAUAUGUUCACUACUCAUCAGCUAGAGGGUAUUAAAGACGUGAAAAUUUCUACUGUGCCUUCGUCAGAUGACAUGACCCUCUAUGAAAUCACAAACGCUAUUUUACAGCUACGUACAGGUAAGCUUGCAUGCCUGCUAACUUAAUGUUAACCUGAAUACCUCCGCCAACGAACCUCAAAAAUUUCAUGCAUAAAUUAUUCACCGAGUUUUUUUUACACAGCCCGAAAUUGGUUCACAAAUUUAUCCAAUUUUUAUCGUAAUUCAAAAAAACCUUGAUUGAUUUGCCCUUGUCCUACGACGAUUACUCAUUUGGUUCGAAUUCUUUCGUAUUGAACUGUUCAAUAUGUCUUGAGUUAUCGUGGUGAGAGCAAUCAAUCAGUCAUGCUAACAAAUGAAGAGAAAGCAUGCAUAUAACCUCCUAGUGAGGUCGGUCGUUCGAAAGCUGGUUAGCUUAAUCCUAGGUUAACAAAACUUCAAAGCAAUCUUCCUUUUCUUGAAAACGUGGUCAACAGAAGUUUUAUUUUCUCAAGUUUUGAGAAAGAGUCAUGUCUGUACAUGCAGAAAUACAUGCCAACCGAAACAGCAAGUUAAAUUUUAACCGAAGAUUUCGCUAAUUCAGCUUUGAAUGGUGAAGGACAUUGUGAAGUAUUUUAGGGAUGGGCGAUACCAGGAUUUUUAAUUCGAUACCGAUACCGAUACUUUUAAGAUCGGUAUCGGCCGAUACCGAUACCUAUUUCGAUACCAUAAUGAACACAAAAUUUCAAUUUUCGAUACCGGAAGCGAGUACUCAAAUUGCUAGUAUCGCUACUUUCGAUACCUCCCAGUCAGCGGAAAAACAUUUCACAUUAUUGUAUUCGACCUCCCCCCCCGUCGCCAAAACAAUUUCGGUCAGUGUACCAUUUUAGGGGUUAAAAAUUUUUUUCGGACAUACCAAAAUUUUUCCGGACAUCACCAAUUUCCCCCAUUUAUCAAAAUUUUUUUUCUAAAAUCCAAAAAUUUUCCAUAAUUUUCUAAAACUUUUGUCAAUCAACCACAUUAUUCCCAAAUUCACACUUAUUUUUGUAAUAAAGUCUUAUUCAACCAAGAAGUGAAAUUAAACAAGUCAUUUAAUUAAAAAAGGGUGCAAGUAUCGAACGAUACCACGUCAGUAAUCGAUACCGAUACCGCUGUUUGUGGUAUCGCUGGUAUCGAAUACCGAGUACUCGGUAUCGCCCAUCACUAGAAGUAUACAUUAAUUGUCCGGUAGAGACGACGAUUCUUUGACAUUGUCAGUUGUUUUCUACAGUACCCAAAAUUAGUAUGAAAAUUGAUCAACGUUCAAAGCCGGUUUAAUGAACUUUGGGCAAUAUUCAAAGCGAUAUAAUUUGUUAAAAUUAUAGUGAAAGUUGCGUCCUCUUAAGGUUUGCGGUAAAAAAUUGGGUGGAGUAUAAAAAUGUACAAAGGGUGUUGUUGAUGGAAAUUAUUGACAUUAUACGAAAUUACAAUUAUAUACGUUUUAAUUUUUAUUUACAUUCGGGCAUACGUUUGAGGCGGACACUAAUUUAUUCGUGAAAAUGAUACGUUUCCGGAUUGUACGUAUAUUACAUGUGCGUAAAUAGGUGAAUAAUGCACUGAAUUUAUUCAUUAUCUCAAUGCAUGCGUGGCCAUGCUACUGAUUAGGACACUGUAUAGUAAAGACAAUCUACAGGUCACUUUGGUGCUGAAUUUAAUUAUUCAUUGUCCCCCCAUCUCUAGUCAAGAAAUGCAGUGAGUCAAGUUGUUCAAAGAAUGCAGAAUGUAUCCAGCACUCGAAUUACUCCAUUUCAUGUCGCUGCAAGAAAGGCUACAUUAGUAACGGCUUCAACUGUGACACUGGCAACACAAUAUUUAGCUCUGAGCUUGUUCUAAACCAAACAUUCACAGAGUCACUCAAUAAUCCCAACUCUGCUGAGUAUAGGAAUCUCGCCGAAAAAAUUCAGAACGCUUUAACAUCCGCGAUCAGAAAGGAAAACAAUUUCCCAGGUUUCCUUGGUUGCCAGGUUACUGGUUUUAUAAAAGGAAGUGUUGUUGCUCAGUAUGUCUUGAUAUUUCAGUUACAAGAAAGUGAGACUGUGAAUGCAUCUAAAUUAGCGCUAGUUGUAGUUGCAGCCGUUCGGAAUGGUCCGCUGGCAAUCCCUGUUGUGUCAUCAAGACCGAUCAAGACCGCAGGUACGUUGAUACGAUAAUGAUAACUACAUUAAAAGGAAUAUAGAAAGUGAUAAAAAAAAAAGUUGAAAUAACAAACAAUUAUACUGAAGGGAAAAAAAACAAGCCAGGAAGCAAAAAAAGUGCAUGAGCAAAAAGAUGUAAAAAAGAGUUUUAUAAAAACUGCAGGAAAUUUUUAAGAUUUAACUGAAAUAUUCGUUUUUUUACACAGCGACUCACUGACCAAACUGACAGGGAGGUGCACAAAAUCGAGAGGUAGACAAAAAUUUGCGCCUGAUCUUGAUGAAAUUGCCCGACCAAUUACUAAUUUUUCGCUAUAAACUUGCCAAAAGCGUAGCAUAUUACUUCCUAUUAAUCAUUCAGCCGAUUUUUAAGUAUAAAAUUGCCCAAUUUUUAAGUGCAAUCUGCCCGGUUUUUAAGUAUAAUAUGCCCGAUUUUUAAGGACAAACUGACCGACCAAAAAAUUAUUGCAGCGAAACAUGAGAAUAUAACCCAAAACCGCAACUGUUGAUAAUACACUGUCCUCCACUUGAAAUCUAAAAUAAAUUAAGCUUUUUGUUUUAAACAGAUUUUUGUUCCUUGGGCUUCCACAGUUGUCACAUGCAUGCCACAUGCAGUAUAAAAGAUGGAAUCGUGACUUGCACAUGUAAGGAAAAUUAUUAUGGUGAUGGUGAAAGUUGCGCUGAUUCAUGCGGACAGCGUCAAUGCCCUGUUCAUUCUUAUUGUUUCCGACGAUUGAAUGGACAAGCGAAAUGUAUCUGUGAACCUGGUUAUACUCAGGAAGAAAAAGGCUGUGAGAAAGCAGAUGAAGGUAAAUGGAAAUCAUCUAUUAGAAAAUAAACCUAAUGAGUAAUGACGUCCGUUCGUUAUUAAAUACGCGCUUCCCAUUACCUGUAUUUACAUUCGCCAUAUGCUGUCAAGAUAUGAUGGUCUGGAAGCCCGGCAAACUUCAAAGCCAGUAAAUAGAAGACCUUUGUUGUUUGAUGUUGGAGUGUACCUCACCAUGUGCAAAUCCUUUGUCUCAACUAAAUAUUAUUCAUCGUGGUUGCAUGUUUCGACUCAGCUGUCCCUAUUGGACGGUUACUUGAUUAUACGAAAUAUGUAUGUGUGUAUGUAAAAUACAAUGAGCUCAAUCACCGUGGCCGUACACAAGGCAAAAGCAUAACACAAUGACUUCCGUUCAGUUUCCAGACCAUCAUAUCUUGAUAGGCUAUGCAUUCGCCUGGUAUACUAAUUUUAGCUCAGUUUUAAAUUCGCACGAAUUUCGUGCCCCCUAAAUACAAUCUUUUCACGCAGAUUUAUUUCGCGCAGCUCGAAAACGGUGAAAAGCUAGAAAAUCACGUGAUGGUUUUCCGUGAUGGUUUUCCGUAUUUUUACUUAACAUUUCCAACAAUUGCAAUAUAGCAUGCAGUUUCUUUAUGUUACUGAAACAACAAAGAUAUAAUAUCAAACAUUUUACUACAGUACAUGUCAUAUAGAAUAAUUUCUAACUUGCUUAACUAACUUUCAGUAUUUUGUGUUGUUGCCCAAAGAUUAUUUUCGUGCAUGUUACGGGAAAUUAUUAUUUAUUUACAAGAUUCGUGGUUUUAUGAUUGGCUAACAGCUAACUAUGAAAUCAUCGUAUCAACUCAAUAGCUGACCAAAUACGGAGUUAAUUUUUUAUAUAAUAUUUAACGGACUGACGUCAUAUAAUGUUGAUAUGAAAAAAUAUUAUUCAACGUUAUGACGUCAUGCUGUGGAAAUACGAAAUAUGAAAAACGCGACCAAAACAAUAUAUAGGCAAUAAACAAAUCUUAAAAUAUAACGAAGAAAUGAAGAAUUAUCAACGAAAACAGCUACGAAAGGUUUUGAAACGUCUUACUAACAAACUUAUGAAAGAAAACAAGAAAGAUUUGCCGCAAAUAGAAAACGACCUGGUCAUUAUUUCGACGAAUUGAACCCACAGGUGCGGAUAUCUUUUUCGUCUUUAAUAAAUAAUAAAACAAUUAUUGAAUUUCGCUACAUAUUUAACAAUUAUUCGCCGAAGGCGAAGUGAUUACCGGUGAAUAUUCAUCGAGACGAAGUCGAGGUGAAUAUUCACCGUAAUCACUGAGCCUGAGGCGAAUAAUUGUUUUAGUAUAAAUUUUUAAUGAAUAAAACAAAAUAUCCAAGUUAUCCAACUAUAAGUUUAAUUAAAAUUCAGAAAUAAAACUGUUUUCGACCGGUUUACGGUUUAGUGUUGCAGUGUUUCUUGUACACGCACGCUUUCAAAAUGGCUUCCUGUGCGACUUUAUUGCUUUAUUACAAAGUUAUUUUUCUCGAUUUCUGGUUAGAAUAUAAACACAAUGAUGGAAUGACUUUUUUACCAGACUUAGAAUUAAAAAAUAGUUUCUGUUUAGCAUUAAUUUGUUCAGGAAAUGGCUGAGAAAUUUGGUAAAAUGAAAUGUAAAACUAUAUCGUUCGAAUUAAUAUAAAAGUAUUAAUACACUUUUCACUUUACAAGUUUUAAAAACACAAAUAGUACAAUACAGCGAAAGGACACCAUACAGCACAAUGAAAACACGACAUAGUCAAAAGAAAUAGUGUCGUACAAAUUGAGAUAUUUAUAGGAUACAAAACAAAAUUGUUUUAAAAAGAAUACCACGGCUUUUCCCAAAAGUCGGGAUAUUUUUUGCUAUUUCAGAUUUACGUUUGAAGCGAAUGUUUCGGAGUUUUAAAUAAGUUUUAAAUUGUCCGUGAAUAUGUUUGACACAGUAAUAUAAUACUAAAUCCUACCUUUCAAGUUAAAUACAACAUUUUGUGCUUUCUGGGACGAUUUUUUCAAUAUUUUGUCCAUUUUGAAACCAAAUUUGCCGAAUCAUUCUUUUGAAAAGCAUUAUUUACUACCCAGGUGGUAAAUAAUGCCUCAGAUUUACUAGUCAACUAGCCAAUCAGAACGCGCGAAAGCUCAUUUGAUAUGCAAAAUUUAUACUAAGAAGAAUUAUCAAGCCUUCAGUUUGUGUUAUCAACCUCAGCCUUCCACUUCGUUUGAUAACACAAACGUCGACCUUGAUCAUUCUUCAUAUCAACCUCAUUCAAAACGUUUUAAUUAUUUUUCCUCAGUUCUAAUUUCUCGCACCUACGGUCUGAGCGAAUUAUAAUAUUGCGUGCAUUUAUGAGAUAGUUACAUGUACAUCCCUUGCAAUAUUCAGAAGCUUAAGUGGAACUGUAGAAGAGGGCCUGGAUGGCAAAAUAUGUUCUGCGUUCGCAGAAGGAAAACCGAUAAAAGCUACAUAUGUGUGGUUUUUAAUAACUGAGAGUGUUUAAUAUCGAUCACAUGCACAGGGUGUGGUUGUCCGACGUCAGAGGCUUACGAUGCACGUGGGUAGUCGGAGAAGAAUUAAAACAUUAAAUUUUAGUUAUUAAAAUGAUAAUUUUGCCUAGAUUUCAAAACUGCUCUUAUCAUUGUAAGCUGUGUUACUGGUACAUUGCUGUUACUGACGUUGAUGGUAUGCUGGUAUCAAUAUUGUAACAAGAAUAGAAAGAAGUCCUUGGAGAUGACCUCAACCACAGUCGCCAACAAAGGGAGUGAAAAUGCCGGUUAUGAUACCAUGAAUAUGGAUAACCUCUAACAAUAUGGAUAAACACAGCCGAACUUCUAUUAGGCGGUACUUUUUUUAAAUGGCUACAUAUGUCACAAAAACGUUGCUAUAAUUUACUGUAUAUUACCCCAUUAAAUCGCCACCUAUAUUAAGCGGUCACACAGCCAUUCUCCGAGGUGAUCGUUCCAGCCCGGCUGUAAUUUAGUUUCACUAUUUUUUAUCUUCAUAAUUAUUCUUAAAAUGUAAUGUAUAUUUUUAUAUAUCCCUAAGUUUAAGCUAUCCAUUCGCGCCAUGAUGUGUAUUACCACAAUCUUGCCCUUGGACGGAACUUUGCUGUUUUACAAAAUUUCAAUAAUUCGCCUUUGAUAAAUUACCCCAUACAACAUGUUGCACUGUCCAACCUUCCCCUGCAGCUGUGCGGGAGACAGGGGUAGGCCAUCAAGGAGUGAAUCCUUUCCCCCAAUCUAGGGGAUGGGGGAAAAUGAAUAAUGAAAAUUAUGCAAAAUAUAAAGCUUUUUCUCCCUUUCCUAUAUUAAGGUCGCAUUUUAUCCUAAACCACUAAACACGGAAUUCUCCUGGGGAGGGGUGUGGGACGCUGGUAAUUAAAUAUACCCUCAAAUAAAUUAUACUGGCAUACAUCAUGCACUUGUUAAAUGUAGUAUUCCACGCUAGGAGAUUGAAGAUAUCAUAGGAACCGCGCGCAGUCUGGGCAUGACUAAUUAUGCCCAUGUUGGAUAUAUAGGAAGAAGAGUAUACAUAUACAAGGUAAGAGGUACACAGCGUAUACCAGCAUGGGUUAUUAGGAAAUGUUUUCUCUACAAAUAACAUCACCUUUCCUGAACCGGCUUCAGUCUAAAUUAGUUAUAAAGAUAUGUCGAGAUAAAGACUUUUUGUAUUGUUGCAUGAGUUACCAUUUGCGGUUGUCUAGACGCGUUUUACCGUAGUCUCAAAAAAUAGGAGGCUUGUUUUAGUAAUGUUUUUAUGUUCUAAGUAUAUUUUAAUAUGACAAUUUUGUUGUUUUAACUUUCGUGCAUGUAUAGGCUACAACAGUUGUAUAUUUUAGUUUGUAAUCUAUAUAUCAAGUAUCUGAAGUAAAUGCGUUAAUGAUUUUGUACGCCAACGUAAAUGUUAAUUUCGUGAAAAAAUGUGUUUGUCUUUCCCUAGCAAGAGGUUAACUUAAUCUUAAGUUAUUUGCAAGGAAUUUGCUGAAGGCCAAAAUCAAUUUUAGUUUUACUUGUAAAUAUAAGAACUUCGAUUUCGUAUUGAUGAUAUGGUGUUCAUCACCAUGUAAUAUGUUACUAGGAAAGCCAAUCUUUCCAUCGUUAUAGUAAGCUUGAUUUUUAUACUUUCGUAAGUUUCAUACAUGUAGACGCAUGCAUGCAUGUCUUCCAGAGAAUCCAAGCGAGACUUCUUAUGGAAUAGUUUAUAUGCAUUUGCAUAUGAUUUGAGAUGCAGGAAGUCGGCAGAAAGCGUCAUUCUAAGCUACAACUUGUCUUAAGCAACAGUCAUUUCAAGUAUUUGCAAUAUCGAAUCUGACAUUUCUCAAGAAUUCGGCCAGGUAAGUAAAGUCAUACCUGAUAAUAUUUAAUGAAACUUUUUGAAACAUCAUGCAGACUUAGUCUUCACGAAGCGAUGGCGUUUCGUGAGCUUUCAAGUUAAUUAUUUAAUUAUAGAUCGAGUUUACUUAGUUAAUAAACUUCACUAUAAAUUGUAUGCAGUAUAAAACUACGUUUACAUACUGCGAUUUAUCGUGCGUGAGUAAACACGCGUAAGCUGGCUACAUUUGAAAUUCUUUUUAACGAAACGGCAAUGAAUUAUGGCGCCAGCACUCAUUUUAAUACGCCAGAAUACAUAUCGUAUACACGACAAAUCGUAGCGUGUAAAUGUACUUUAAUUUUAAUAACAUUUUAGAUUGUCUUCUGACAUGAGCCUAUUCUGUUAAUAUAUAUAAUAUAUGAAUAUAGUUCUUCUUAUUCUGUAAAUAUAUAAUAUAUAUUUACAGUUGUGAGAUAUGCUCGGAAUUUUAAAUAGACUUUUUAAUAUUCUUUUUAAAUAUUAUGAUUUCUAAGCUGAACUUGUAUGCCAUUAAAUGUCUUUUUGAACGCUGUGGCCUCUGCAAUGCAAUUAAUCUAUAGUUUCGUAAAUUGUUGCAUGACCGCGAAUUUUAGCAAUUUAGGCGUAUGUUACUCUGUUUGUAAGUAUUAUACUGUAUAAUAUAAAUACGUAUACUUAAUAUUACAAAUUUUUCAUGUAUUGG